GGCACAAAGCGCACAGCAGGAGCCUGGUGUGCUCAGCGGUGUGUGGAGAAUAAAGCAGGCGAACCGAACACUGCUCUGUUCACACGCGGGGAAACAUGUUGUCGAGACGACCGACCGGCCUUCGCGGCAGAAGCAGCAGCUGCCGCACGGGACGGUCACUGUUGUCGUUGUUCUUGGCGGCCCUUCUCGUUGCUCUGUCGCCGGCGUCCGCCUUCCUCUCGUCAUCACCACCACGACCGUCGUCCUCCGCUUCCUCCUCCUCGCGAUCGGCGAAGCGCGCGAAGAGAUUGGCGCCGCUCCACGGCAUCAAGCGGAAGGUCAAGGUCGAGAUGGAGGAAAACUUCUCCGGGAAAGUGGUGGAGCCAGUGGGGGCGGCGACGAGCAUGUUCGGAGGCGACGCCAACGCGCUCUUCGACGUGAUCGAGAAGAAUAAGAAGAAGGCCGCGGAGGCCGCCGCCGCCGCCGCCGCCGCCGAUGGCAACGGCGAUGACGACGGCGAUGAAGCAGGCGCAGACGGUGGAGACGCCGGUGUCGGGGAUGGGGAAACGGCAUGAUAUGAAUGGUGCAUCAACGUU